GUCCGGAGAAUUUGGAGCAAACCGCCCGUCCCGACCCUCACGAAGCCAUGCCCAAAGUGUCUGCCAUAUAUGCUGCUGCCAGAUGUCAGCCUAGCACAGCGCUGGUCCAAGGUGGCAGUUCUGGUGCCCCAGUGAAAUGUGCUCGAUUCCAAGUGCAAGUGGAGACUCAUGAAGUGCUGGAAGAACACGAGUUCGAGUACAUGGACUAUACCCAUGUCAGUGACUACUGGUUCGAUUGGGUUUCCUUGGAGAAAGCUGAGGCGAAGGAGCGUUCCACCUCAGCGCCACCACGGAGGCUGAAGAGGGCACAGUCACCCGUUUUCGAGCGAACCAAAGAUCCAGACUUCGGAUGUCCUGGCAAGGUGACGAACCUUCGUCCCUGCGGUGCCCGCCGAGCGCUGCCAUCCCGGUGUCGGCGCCAGCCCCGUUCGAGACGGCACUCCGGAGGACGGCGCCUUGGACCAGAGCCGGAGCCAGCGCCAGAGCCUCCAGUGGCGGUCCAAGCCGAGCUGUCUGAGCUGUCGGAGUUGGAGAUCGAGGCUGGAGCAGCGGAGGAGCAGGGUGGCUUCCGCGCAUGGCUGGAGCAGCGGCCGCCAAUGAUCCGCCUUGGGAACUUCAGGUGCGAGACAGGCAUCGCAUGGGAUUUUCCAUUGGCCAAGAGCGAGAAGCGAGAGCUGCUCCUGCAGCACAUCACCGCCAGUGAACGGAUUGCAGAGGAGCAGGCUUCACAGGCAGUGCAGGAGGUGGAGCUUGCCCGCCUCGGCGAGCGGCGCCAGCGGAAGUCCUUGGAGUCGGCCCGGGCGACCAUCACCAGGAUGCGGAAGAAGGGCCGCAGAAGGUCAAGCUUGGGACCUUUACCUUGAUGCAGCGAUGGCUGAGGCUCCAACGGUGAAGGCGUGAAUUGCGAGAAGUACAAAGUGAAUGACGAGACUGUAGUUUUUUGAAUGCGCACCAGUAUGGCCGUGGCGAGAGAAAUGAAGAUCUCCAACUAGCCUUAUUCAGUCUCG